AUGGCGGAGAAUUCAACCGUCCGGACACUCUCCAAACGCCCCAAAUGGCGGAGAUUCCAACCUUCGGACACUCUCCAAACGCCCCAAAUGGCGGAGAUUCCGAACACUCCUCACGGCGGAGCUACCGAACCUAGGUUAUCUCCACGCCCACACGGCGGAGAAGCCUGCGUCUCUCUCACGCUGGCUGCCGCGCUCCCGCACCUGCGAUCAACGCAGGGUCACGUAGCCGCCUCUAAGGCCUUCUGUACUUACUGUUCGUGUUGUUUCCGCUCAUGGGAAGAGUCUCUGUAUCCCGUCAAUCGCCAUCCAUCCCGAGGGGAGUUCAGACGCAAAACUUCCCGGCCUGGUGACAAGCAUCAAGGCACCAGGGCUUUCCGUCAAUCAUCCCAGACGCUGCGGUGGCGCCUCUCCCUCUCCUCGCGAUGGAGCCACACCAUGUUUCCCAAUGACUCUCUGCCCACCAACACAGUCAAGCCUUUUAAAGAUGACCAGGAAACUAUGGUGGGCAUCAGUGCCAUUAUGGACAAUGUCAGUAUCAUUCUCUAUGCACUGACUGUUGUGCUCGGCAUCACAGGAAACUCUGUGGUCAUCUGGGUGGCUGGAUUCAAAUUUAAGCCAAAGGUCACCAACGUGUGGCUGGUGAAUCUGGCGAUAGCAGACCUGAUCUUCUGCUUCACACGAGUUUUCUCUCUCACUAAGAAGCUCUUCUUUGAGCACUGGCCUUUCGGCCUCUUCGUCUGCAAGUUCAAUGCCUUCUUCAAAUACACCAACAUGUUCUGCUCUGUCUUUCUGCUGGCUGUGAUCAGUCUGGAUCGAGUGCUUUGUGUCUGUCAACCUGUCCUCACAAAGCGUCGUCGCACCCUGUGGGCAGCGAGGGUGGUGGCAGUCUGUAUCUGGAUAGCAGCGAUCCUCUUCAGCAUUCCUUACUUCAUCCAUCGCCAAGUCUACCUGGGCAAGAAGAACCUGAGUACGUGCUCUCUUCAUCCAAAAGAGAAGGCAGAAGGGUACAACAGCACUAAAGUUGCUCUCUACUCCAUCCGCUUCCUGUGCGGCUUCAUAAUUCCCUUUAUGGUGAUUCUGGUCUGUUAUAUCCUGGCCGCUGUGGGAAUCCGACGCACCCGCCUGUCAGGGAAGUCCCGCCCUCUACGUAUACUAGCAUGUUUGGUUAUUGCCUUCUUCCUGUGCUGGGCGCCUUACCACUGCCUCCUACUGGUGAAGAUGGUGGACAGUAAAUAUGCUCUGUUCAAAAUCUGGUACCCUGUAGCAAAGGGUAUUGCCUACUUCAACAGCUGUGUGAACCCGCUGUUAUACUUCUGCAUGGGGCUAAAAGUCAGUGAGGGAUUUAGACAGAGUCUGAUAAGAGUUUAUAAAAGAGGCCUGGCAGAUGACAUAGAUGGCCAGAUGACUCACUUCACUGAUCGCUCUUUGGAUUAA